AUGUCCACAAAAACCUUCAUGGUUUACGUACUAUCAUGUUUCUCUUUCGCUCUUCUCUCUGCACUUUUUCUCAUGCAUAAUAACCAAAAUCCAUUGUCAUCAUCAUCAUUAUCAUCAACCUCUACCCGUUAUGAUAGAAUUUGGCCGGAACUGAAACCGAGUUGGAAACUUGUUUUGGCCACAGUUAUUGGUUUUCUUGGAUCAGCGUGUGGAACCGUUGGUGGCGUUGGUGGUGGUGGCAUUUUUGUUCCUAUGCUUAAUCUUCUUCUCGGUUUCGACGCCAAAUCUGCUGCUGCUCUUUCUAAAUGUAUGAUAAUGGGGGCAUCAGCAUCUUCUGUAUGGUACAAUUUGAGAGUGGCGCAUCCAACGAAAGAGGUGCCGAUAUUAGACUAUGAUCUGGCUCUUUUGUUUCAGCCAAUGCUUAUGCUUGGGAUUACUCUUGGUGUUACUCUCAGUGUUGUUUUCCCUUUCUGGCUUAUUACUGUCCUCAUUAUCAUUCUUUUCAUAGGAACUUCUUCAAGGUCGUUCUUCAAAGGAAUUCAAAUGUGGAGGGUUGAGACUAUUCUCAAGAAUGAAACUGCUAAGCAAGCUGAUUUGGUUAAUUCCAAUGGAGAAUAUGAAACAGUACUAAUCGACACGAGAUAUGAGCCAUUGAUUCCUAAAGAAGAGAAAUCAACUAUGCAAAUUCUGUGUUUUAACCUUAAAUGGAAGAGGAUUCUGGUGCUGUUGGCUGUGUGGAUUUCUUUUCUCCUUAUUCAAAUCAUCAAGAAUCAUGUAGAGGUCUGCAGUGUAUGGUAUUGGGUGCUCUUCGGCCUGCAGUUUCCAAUUGCGCUUUUGGUAUUCGGUUUUGAAGCAGUCAAGUUGUACAAGGAUCACAGAAAGAGGAAGGGUACAGGGAGCCUAGAAUACAUAUGCGAGGCUUCGAUAGAAUGGAGUGUUACAUCGCUUGCGUUUUGUGCUAUGUGUGGUAUUGUUGGUGGAAUUGUCGGAGGCCUACUUGGUUCUGGAGGUGGAUUUAUUUUGGGGCCUCUUCUUCUUGAGAUCGGCGUCGUCCCCCAGGUUGCUAGUGCAACAGCAACAUUUGUGAUGAUGUUUUCAUCAUCUUUGUCUGUUUUUGAGUUCUACAUUCUCAAGAGGUUCCCUAUUCCUUACGCAUUAUAUCUCGUGACAGUGUCUGUUUUGGCUGGCUUCUGGGGACAAUUCUUUGUAAGAAAGUUAGUCGCGUUUCUCGGGAGAGCAUCACUCAUUGUAUUCAUCCUCUCAGCCGUUAUUUUUGCUAGCGCUCUCACCAUGGGUAUUGUUGGCACUGAGAAGAGUAUUCAAAUGAUACAGAACAAAGAAUUCAUGGGAUUCUUAGGAUUUUGUACCUCUUAA